UACUGGAACCUGGGAAGAAACAAGAGCUGGACAUCAUGACCAUUCACUACAUCCUUGUGCUUGUUGUUGCUGCUGCCUGCUGGGCCCAAGCGCUUGAGUGUAACCAUUGUGAAUGCCUUGGCAAAGGGAAGAAAUGCAUUGAUUCGGUUGUGUCCUGCGAUUCUAAUCACACCCAAUGCAUCGUGGUGUACUACGAACGCCGACCCUCCAAUCGAUAUGUCCGGAACUGCGCCCAAACUCUGGAGUGUGACAUCAUUGAUAAAACGGAAAAUGAAACCCGAUUUCAGUACGAGUGCUGUGACACGGAUCGUUGCAAUUAAUUCCCCCCAACUGUGAUGAGACCCAGCAAAAGGCUCAUGUACACGCCACUCUCUUGCAUAUUUUUUCAUUAAUGUAACUUCCUGAUUCACUAAUGGUUUUUGACAUUCAUUAUUGUUGAUCAGGGUGAUGGAAUAAAAUAGA